UGUGAUACUGGAAACAAAGCUCUCUCUAUUCGCACGAAUUGAUGCUUGACACUUCAAAUGGAAUUUUGUAUGGAAUACGCUGUUACAAAAAAAGAUGGGGUGUGCAUUGUGUAUUCCUGUUUGUGUGUAUGCAUAGCUAAUCUUUCCAUGGUUAUGGGUGUUUGUUUUAAUCACGUGACCCUCGAGCGCAAACUAGUUGCUCGCCCCGUUGCGCAUGCGCCGUGAUUUCCUGCGUUGCAUUUCUGGUCAUCGGCUGGCGCCGGGGCUGUUUAUCGCUGCACAGCGCCCUGUCUGCACAUUCAGUACUUGGCGUUUACAGUCGCGCGAAGAAUAUGGUAGUUUAAAAAACUAACAACGAGGAAUGAUGUGCGCCGCCGUUUACGUCCUGUCCGCCGUUACCGGAUACGUCCUCGCUUCGGCUCUUUUUCUCAAGUGUCCGUCUCUACUGCAUCGGAGGAAGCGAGAGCCGUUCCUCAGCAGACACAUCUCCCACCGCGGCGGUGCUGGUGAGAACUUGGAGAACACAAUGGCAGCCUUCAAACACGCGGUGCAGCUGGGGACGGACAUGCUGGAACUGGACUGUCAUCUCACGCGGGAUGAGCAUGUUGUGGUGUCACAUGAUGCCAACCUGAAGAGGCUCACUGGCAUUAACGCCUACAUUUCCGACUUGCCUUAUGCUGCGCUGCCUCCGUACUUAUGCAAGCUCGAUGUGACUUUCCAAAGCGAGUGCUCCUGUGAAGGAGGUGAGGACAAGCGCUUCCCGUUGCUGAAAGAGGUGUUUGACUCCUUCCCAGACACUCCCGUCAACAUUGAUAUCAAAGUCAACGACAACACCCUCAUACAGAAGGUCUCAGAUUUAGUCAAGCAGUAUAACAGGGAGCACCUGACCGUAUGGGGCAAUGCCAGCAGCAAGAUAGUGCAGAAGUGCUACAGGGAGAAUCCCCACAUUCCCAUUCUGUUCAGCAUGAGGAGAGUGGUCAUGCUUGUGGGGCUCUUCUACACCGGGCUGCUGCCCUUCGUGCCCCUCAAAGAGCAGUUCCUGGAAAUUCCCAUGCCAUCCAUCAUCAGAAAGCUGAAGGGCCCAGAAAAUAUGACCAGAAGCCAGAGGGCAGCUGUCUGGCUCACUGACACGCUGCUGAUGAGAAAAACCUUGUUUGACCACUUAACUGCAAGAGGAAUUCAGGUCUACGUCUGGGUGCUGAAUGACGAGGAAGACUUCAAGAGAGCCUUCAACUUGGGGGCCACUGGGGUCAUGACGGACUUUCCCACUAAGCUGAAGGAGUUCAUGGACCAAAAUGGCAUCACAAGGUCCCACUGAGCUUCACCCACAUACUUACGCUCUUGGACAUCGGAGCCCUGUUCUUCAGAGCCCUGAUGUUCAGUGCCCUGUUCUUCAAAGCCCUGAUGUUCAGUGCCCUGAUGUUCAGUGCCCUGAUGUUCAGUGCCCUGAUGUUCAGAGCCCUGAUGUUCAUUGCCCUGAUGUUCAGAGCCCUGAUGUUCAGAGCCCUGAUGUUCAGUGCCCUGAUGUUCAGUGCCCUGAUGUUCAGAGCCCUGAUGUUCAGAGCCCUGAUGUUCAGAGCCCUGAUGUUCAGAGCCCUGAUGUUCAGUGCCCUGCUCCAUGUUCAGCAGGGUGGGGUUUCCCAUAUGCACUAUAUUUUUUAAAGCCAACCUCAUAAUGUCUUUAGCUUCAUUUUCUUACAAUGAAACGUUUGUACUGUCAUCACAUCUGACGCUACAGGUGCAUAUAUGCAUGUAUCACAGAAUAAAUUACCUUGGCUUUUGAUAAGGUUACGCCUACUUUAGAUACAUACUUUGCUGCUCGGACAGGUGCACAUAAAAAACAGAGGCAAUAUCUCAAUAUUUUUUUUAAUCGGAUGCCUCUCAAAAGCCUUCUGCCAUGGAAGAUAAGGCUCAUUCUCCAUUUGGUGUCUGAAUGGUGGCGGAUUAAUUCCGAAAAAUCUGUUUAAUUUAUCCCUAAAGUAAACCACUUAAUAUAUGUGUUAACAUGCCCUACCAUUAUGUAUGCAAAAUUAAGAUGUGAAAAGAUUUUGUCCGUUUGUUGCUGGUGUUAUCACAUCACAAGGCACUCAGUUUGUCAGAAAUUUGUUGAUUUUUCAAUUUAUAUUUCAAUGCGUCUGUUUCUAAUGACAUAUAAAUCGCGCGCUCUUAAUAAAGACUUUCAUCAAAAAAGAACAAAGACCUACCUGAUUUCCAUAGCUUUAUAAUCGUUUGGAUCAAUCAUCAGAAAUGUGGUGCAACAACAGUGACAUUCUGAUUAAAAUGGAAGGUGACCUCGUGUUACAAUUUAUAAUCAAUGCAAUAAGACAUACCAGAUUAUUUUUUACAAAAGUUAAAUUACCCAGCCCUUACAGCACCUAAUGCCUGUGAUGUGUAGAUGUUGCUACACAAUUAUCUAUAAAUGUAUUAAAUAAAAUGAGCUAGAAUGGAUUCAUCUUGAGAUGCUUCCUCUACGGUGGCUCUUCAUUCACAGAAACAGUUAAAUAGAGCAAGACAGUAAUGCCCAGUGACCCAGUAAUGCCAGUGACCAAAAUCACUGUAACAAAUGUAUUUUUGAAGUAAAUUACAUAUUUUAAUGUAAUACAAUGUUUAUCAUGUAUAUUGUGAAGAUUUUAUGCAAUCUCAUAAGUUGUACCUUAAAAUAUUGUUUUAUAUUAAAAUUGGUUAUUAAAACCCUU